CUUUUAUUUUGAAGGAAAUACAUCUGCCAAAGUCUAGCACUCAAGAACGCAUGCGCAGUAGUACAAGGGGAACAAACAGGCUGCGGGGGUCCACGAGUAAAGAAAUGAGCGUCCAGAGGACAGCGCCACAUGGAGGCGGUGCUGAAAAACGUAGCGAGCACGGCGGAGCUGCUGGCAGUGGCGGGGCGGAGCGGGGAGGUGGAGCAAUGGGAUGAACAAACUCUGACCAGAGCUUUUCAAUGGGCUCGCUACUGCGAACACCUCUUCUCCAGGUUUCACCGGAACCCCGCGAUCAGGGUGUGCAUGGAGAAGCAGCUGCAGCUCACACAUCAAGGUUUGCAAGCUGCCUUCGACGGAUACAUUGAAGUGUCCUUCUCGGACCUCUCCCGGUGUCAGCACUUGUUGCUUGUUGGGCUGUUGGGAAACCCCGAGCUGCCCAUCUCCAUCAUGAAGAUACUGUUUGGCACUCCGAGUCCUGCAAACACCAAGCCGAGUGAGUGCCAGGACGUUACCGGCUUCUGCAGCCACAUCGUCCAAUGCAAAUCUGCGUGUAAAGUCCUGAGUCCUCUCGCUGCCGUGUCAGCUGUCGGUGCUGAUGCUGAGGUGCAGGCGGUCAUGCUGAUGGAGAGGUUGGAUGCUCUGCUGAGCCAAGGCAGUGACGCCUGCCGAACCGAGCACAUUCUGGACUCUGUCCUCCGGGGGUUUGAAGGAGCACCAGGACAUUUCUGUCUCGUCAUCGCUGCAGCUUUGCUGACGAAGGAAAACUCUGCUGCAAAAAGUGCUUCACAGGACUUUCUCUUGGACUGGCUGCGGAAGGAACAAUGUGUGCUGCAGCACAUGUGUUCUGCUUUGCCUGCUGCGCUUAUUAUAGACCUGACCAAAGAACACCUGACAUUUAGAGAUGCAUACUGGGAUUUGCUGAAAAAGUGGGCGUCUGAUAUGGAAUACAGCUUAAGUGAGGGUGACUGGGUUCAAACCAGAACAAACCCAAGAGUGUCCUUCAACAGACUGACUGAGCACUUGCUGGGCUUGUGUGAGACGGGUCCCUCUCUGAGGAAGGAGGUGGAAAAGGAGCUAAAUGCUUUGAAGGUUUCCGAUGGAGACUAUGAUGUCAGGGGUCUGAGUGUGUGGGCAGACCUCCUGUCAACUUUAAACAAGUCCGUCUUAUGAGUAUUUAGAGAACAAAGAGAUGCCACUUCAUGCAAUGUAUAGGCUAGGUAAUAAACCUCAGAGCUCUUUGUCACCAAAGGAAAUGUGUCCAUAGUGCAGAUUAUUAUAAACUGUGUCCAUGACUCAAAGCUGGAAUCAGAUUCUUUGUAGAUCAUUUCAUAUAAAUGUAUAUUUUAAUUCGGCAGAGUUCUUGCUCGGGUUUAGACAGCAUUGACAUUCAACAUUAAAUCACUUUUUAUUGUUGCA